CCUGCAAGCGGCUACGGAUCAACAGUUGAAACAAGACCAUCGAAGUGUUACUACCGAUUUUUUUUGUAAUUAGUCACAAUGCAGUUGAAACUAGUUAUAACGUUGUCAGUGCUUUUGGUGACAACUACCACCGCACAGCUGUUGUGCUAUUCCUGCAGUGACUGCAACGUGAAUGCAGUGACUGUGCAAGCAUGUGGUUCGCAGUAUUCGACUACUUCAGUUCCAUCUGUACCGGAUUCAACUAUACCAUCGACCACUACUACUAUUGCUCCACCGGUGACAACCGUAGUUCCUCCUGAAACGACCAAUAUUCCACCGGAAACCACGACUCAACCGAUUACUACCAAUAUUCCUCCAGAAACUACGACACAACCGAUUACAACCGUAGUUCCUCCAGAAACUACUACGCUUUUACCGGACACCACGACCCAACCGAUUACAACUACAGCUCCAACGGAAAUAACCACGAUCACACCAACAACCAUCCAACCAACAGAAUCAACUACAUUGGAGACAACUACAAUUCCUCAGACUACCCCGACCAUACCUGACGGGCCACCCACACUACCAACAACCAUCAGUACCACCCUGGCUUCCUCACAGGGAACGGAUGGUCCUCCGAUCCCAACUCUACCAACCACCAUCAGUACCACAGUGGCCGCCAUGCCAGAUCUAGCUACACCUCCGAUUCUCCAAUGGUUUUCGAACAAUGCGGAAUCCUCUUCUCGGAGGGUAAUUGUAUUGGAACCGCCCAGUGAACCACGAUACGUGUGUCUUGUGAUGAAAUCGAACGUGGGUAACCGGGAAGUUAUCCAACGUGGAUGUACCCAGCUGUUGCAAACCGUAACCGAUACCUGCAACCAUGAGUCGGGAGGCCAGCAUACUCACUGUUCCGUUUGUAUGACACACCUCUGCAACUUUGGAUCGUAAUGCGGUGUUUGGGAGUCACUGAAGUAACUGUUUUAACAAUUUAGAAUAUAAUAAGUUAGGCCUAAAUUUACUAGUUUUCACUUUUGUUAGCAAUAUUUAUGAAACUUAUUGAGUGUAUCAGGUAAGGUUGAUGUUUCCUAUAAGUUUAUCAAAUAAAUCAAUUUUAAUUAUCUAUCAACGCCAA